GGGAUGCUGGGCUGCGUGGUGGACCGCAACUCGUCUGUCAAAAACCUGAUCUGUGACCUGUACUGCGCCUUCAACACGCAGUGCAAGAAGGAUGGGCCUGAUGCAAGUGAGCUGUCCCCCAUGUCCCCCAUGUCCCCUAUGGUGCCCGUGGACCAGCUCUUCUCCUGGCCUGGUCCUAAAACUCUGCUCCUGCACCGGACCUCACAGGGCUUCGGCUUCACGCUGCGCCACUUCAUCGUCUACCCUCCCGAGUCUGCUGUACACUCCUCCUUUAAGGAUGAAGACAAUGGAAGUGGAGGGAGAUCGCAGUGUCGUCUUGAGCCGAUGGACACUAUCUUUGUGAAGCAGGUGAAGGAGGGAGGCUCCGCCCACCAAGCUGGACUCUGCACAGGUGAUCGAAUAGUGAAGGUGAACGGCGAGAGCAUCAUCGGCAAGACGUACUCACAAGUCAUCGCCCUCAUACAGAACAGCGACUCGUCUCUGGAGCUCUGUGUGAUGCCGAAAGAUGAAGACAUUUUGCAGUUGUUCUCCCGGGACAUUACCGCUCUGGCCUAUUCCAAAGAUGCAUACCUCAAAGGGAAUGAAGCAUACAGUGGAAAUGCACAGAAUAUCCCAGAACCUCCUCCUGUCUGCUACCCACGGAUAGAGCCUAAGACGCCCGGGAUGACGCACACUGACGAACCUUCAGCUCCCGCAGAAACACAUGGAGUGUUGUCUCAGGGGGCAGAGCCAAGCCCUGAUGUUGGCUAUUGCGUGGAAGUCCCAAUUCCACAAUCUGCCCCUGCCCCGCAGGUCUCCAAACUCCAGACUGUUGCGGCUGUGUAUAACGAAAGUGUACAGGUGACAGGGGCAGGGGUUUCAGAUUCCCUGGAAUGUCCUCUUCAUCCGCAUGGCACAACCUCCAAUCACAGGUUGCAGGAGACAAAAAACACACCGAUGUGUACCUCUUCCCUUGAAAACCUUUCCUCCGUUCGUCCGAGAUCCCAAACCACGCCUUUUACUAGAGGGCCACAGUUGCGAUACACUCCGAAAAGGCCACCCGAACCACCGGGAUUCUCGACACACAUUCCUAUGCACACUCCUUUUCACCCUGACUCUACAUCUACGCCGUCCAGUAGACAUGCCAUGAGCCCGUUUACACCCUCACCACCAACUGUCGCAUCGUCUCCAUGUUCCCCAAUGCAUCAAAACAUUGACUGGAGGAAUUACACCACCUACAAGGAGUACAUCGAUAACAAGCGCCUCUAUACCUACGGUAGUAGGACCAUCCAGGAGAGACUGGACAGUCUGCGGGCGGCAAGCCAAGCUAAUAAAGCAAACAGGAGUACGGAGGGCACAAAUGGAUCCCUGUCAAGGCAGAGGAGCACGGGUCAUGAGCGAGGUCCUGCGAAUUCUGGGGUCCAAUCUCGAUGCAGUGUCUCUCAAGAAAGACUGGAAGAAAAGAAACGAGCGACGUCAAGAGAUUGGCAUCGAAGUGCAUCACAGGAUGAACUUCCAUCAUCAACAAAGAGUACAUGCAAACCUCGGGCAAAAUCUUGCGACUACCUGGGCAGGCAGGUCGAGAGCAAGAUAUCGCUGAUGGACAGAAGGGUUUAUGGCAGGACAGAGACGGAGGAAGAGGCACUUAUUUGCACUGGAGAGGAGGCCAGAGGCUGCAGGCAGUCACUCUCGUUAAGCAAAGUGGCACAAACUCAAAGGACAGCAGUGGGUGAACAGGGCAGUUUACCAGGAAUAAAUGCUAAAAGUAAAGUUACAGAUCCAAUUCUCAACUCAAGUGUAGAGAAUCCGGGUAACGAUGCUGCUUCCAAAGCACGGCUCCCCAUUCAGACCUCGGUAUUGGACAACUCGUACGUAGCCAAGGCUCUCGCUUCCUUAAACACAGGUGUCUCCGCUGCUUCAGUGACCACGAAAAACCAAAGAACUGCCCUAAAGCCAAAUCAUGUGUCUCACGGAAGGCUACCAGAGAGCCAUCGAGAGCACGUUGGUUCCAGUCCUUGCCCUGAUCCCGCCAAAGAUCAAAGGACAGAGCAGGAUGGUUCUUUAGUAGCCGCUAAUGGCUCUGUUGCGGAAGGUCUUGAAGGCGCAGAGGCCAUGGUGGUGGUGAUGAGGAGAGAGAAAACAAAAAUGUCAGGGCUUUUACCUAUUAGGCAUCCAUCCUACAUCCAGGCUGUGUCCGAUGGAGGAGGCAGAGCGGAGAAACUACAAAAGAUGCCAAAGUGCUGGAGGUCCAUCGAUGCUGCGCAAGACGGGUGCAAGCAAUGGGUUGGGGAGGAAUGUAAUCCCCUAGGCCAUCUGCAUGCGUCUCUCGACUCUAUUCCCUUCAUCGACGAGCCGUCCAGCCCCAGCGCCGACCUGGAUGAGGUGCACUUCCCUGUUUGCUCCAUCGUCUCCGCUGUUCCCCCGAGCCCCACCUUGUCCUCCGCCGUCCUUCACCGCCAGCUGUCUCACGACCAAGACUCGUUGCGGCUCGCAGUUCUGGAUUCAGAUUCCGGCGCUAAAACCGAGCGCUCCAAGUCCUGCGAUGAGGGACUGGACAACUACAGGGAUGAAGGACGCGGAAAACUGAUAAAGCACAUCACCGGCCUGACAGGACUCAGGAAGGCUGUGGAUCGGUCCUCAGAAGAUUCCGGCUCCAGGAGAAACUCUUUGUCAGACGCCUUCGUUAACGCUACCAAGGAGGGAGUCCUGCACUUCCGCCAGUUCAGCUCAGACAAGGGCAAGCGUGUGGGCGGCGGCAUGCGUCCAUGGAGGCAGAUGUACGCUGUGCUCCGUGGCCACUCGCUCUAUCUCUACAAGGACAAGAAGGAGGGACAGACACCCAACUCACACACGGAGGAGGAGCCUGUGUCCAUCAGCAUCAAGGCCUGUCUGAUCGACAUCUCCUACAGCGACACCAAGAGGAAGAACGUGCUGAGGCUGACCACCUCGGACCGCGAGUACCUGUUCCAGGCCGAGGACAGGGAGGACAUGCUCGCCUGGAUACGAGCCAUUCAGGAGAACAGCAACCUGGACGAGGAGAACGCUCUGAUCACGAGCACAGACCUCAUCAACCGCAAGAUCAAGGAGUACACCACUCUGAUGAGUCCCCCCAGCAGUAAGACCGAGCCGUCCCCGAGGUCCUCUCGUCAGUCUCUGAGUAUCAGACACACCCUGCUGGGGGGGAAUAAAACCCCGAGCCCCCUCUCGCCCCACAGGGAUCAGGACAGGAGGAUCACACACAGAGAUGAAGCGAGCCCGCCGAAGGAUAAGGGCCUGCGGAGGAAAGGGAUGGCGGGACUGAUGAGGAAGCCGUUCGAGAAGAAGGCCGCGCCCGGGGUGACGUUUGGGGUUCGACUGGACGACUGUCCUCCUGCUCACAAUAACAGAUUCGUGCCUCUAAUCGUAGAGGUGUGUUGUAAUCUGGUGGAGGAGAAGGGACUGGAGUACACUGGGAUUUACAGAGUGCCGGGGAACAACGCUGCCAUCUCCAGCAUGCAGGAGGAACUGAACAGAGGGGGGGGCGAGAUCGACGUUCAGGAGGACAAAUGGAAAGACCUCAAUGUGAUCAGCAGUUUAUUAAAAUCUUUCUUCAGGAAGCUUCCUGAUCCGCUCUUCACUAACGAGAAAUACGGAGACUUCAUCGAGGGGAACAGAACAGAGGACCCGGUGGAGAGGCUGAAGGUGUUGAAGCGGCUGCUCCACGAGUUGCCGGAUCAUCACUACGAGACGCUGAAGUUCCUCUCGGCUCACCUUAAAACUGUGGCUGAAAACUCCGAGAAGAACAAAAUGGAGCCGCGGAAUCUAGCCAUCGUGUUCGGCCCCACACUGGUCCGCACGUCUGAGGACAACAUGACACACAUGGUCACACACAUGCCUGAUCAGUACAAGAUUGUGGAGACACUCAUUCAACACUACGACUGGUUCUUCACUGAUGAUGGAGAAGAGGAACCGGAGACGGUGGUCCAGACGGACAGCGCGGUGGAGACGCAGCCGGUUCCAAACAUUGACCACUUGCUCACCAACAUCGGCCGCACCGGCGUCUCUCAAGGGGAAGUGUCAGAUUCACCCACUAGUGAUUCUGCCAAAUCGAAGGGUUCGUGGGGGUCUGGGAAGGACCAGUACAGCCUCGAACUGGUCUCCUCCAUCUUUGCUGCAGCUAAUCGCAAACGCAAGAAACCCAAAGAAAGGCUGCAUGCUAGCAGCUCUGAAGAUGACCUGGAUGCUGUUUUUCUUGGGAGCGAGCUGCAGGACCAGAAACCCAUGGAUCAGGAUAAAGCAGGAGACUCACAUGAAGAAAAAGAACCUGAAAAAACUUCCAAGGGGCGCAAAGAGCACAGGAACUCGUUCUUUUUGAAGAAAUACCCUCCUGGCAAGAUGUCAGAAUCCCAAAAAUACUAUACGCUGCCCAGUCUGCGGUUUCGGUCUCCGCCUCUUUCCAAAAGCUCCACAUCUGAAUCAUCUCCUCAGGUGGAGGACCUUAGCACCGUAAACCCAGAAAUGUCCAGAUCCAGAAAUCGGUUGAGACUUUGGGACAUAGAAGCUUCCUCUGGCACAGAUCUACCUCCAACCGGCCCUGUCGGGGGAUCAGCCACAGCAGAAGUCAGCUCUAUCACUUCGGAUUACUCGACCACCUCCUCUAUGACGUUCCUGACAGGGGCGGAAUCAAGUGUGCUCAGUGCAGAUUUGCAGAGCCGGGGUGGAGACGAGGCAGAUGACGAGCGCAGCGAGCUGAUCAGCGAAGGACGACACAUGGAGACAGACAGCGAGACUGAGUUUCCUGUUUUUAUCAGAUGCACAGCGACUCCUGUUACCCCAUCCACAGGGCACCCCGUCCCUGGAAGGGCAGAGUGUCCAAAGGUUCAAAAAUCUUUAAACCGCUACAUCAUGCCUUCACAAAGGCUGACCGCAUUCAACACGUCCAAAAGGCGGUCCUUGCACCAGAAAACCGACAGCGAUUCGUCAUUAGAAGCUGGAGCCAGCCGAGAAGGCGAGAGGAUAAGUCGAAGCGAACCGAGCCGUCUUUCUCGUGUUCUGGAAGCAGUAAAAAAAGGCCGUUCUGUGGGAAGCCUCAGCUCCGCCCCUUCCUCGUCCCACAGCCAGACAGAACCAGCAAAGCAUCUCAGUAUCACCGAGAGGUUGAAGUCCCAUUUCCGCUUGUCUGCGGAUGACAUGUUUGGCAUCGGAGGACACAAAAAUAACAGGAAGAAAGAGAAAAGAGUCCGUCGGAGACACACUUUGGGUGGGCAGCGGGACUUUGGCGAACUUGCAGUCAUUAAUGACUGGCGUGAACAGGGGGGUGCCGAGAAGGGGGCGGAGCUUUCAGAUGCAGACCGACUCAAACUUCAGAACUCGAAAGAGAUAGCCAUUCAGGAUUGGAUCAACCAUGAGAGCUCCCAUCCAGGCACAUCGCGGGCUGGUUCACAGGGGUCAAAGGUCAUAACGGGGACUGGCGAGGGUUCGAGUCACUCUGCUUCGAUGCCAAGUUGCCAAUCCAGUACGGAUCAGUUAAAUGGGGGAGAACCAAAGUGCAAAGGCAAAGUCAACCUGAACUCGGGCUCCGACGCUCAUCCACAUAAACUUGCCGGGGCUCAAGUUGUGCGCUCGCAGUUUUACCAAUGUUUAUAAAAAAAAAAAAUGUCGACAUAUGAGUGUGUGAAUGCGGAUGUGUGUGAAGAAAUGAAUUCAUGUAUGAAUUAAUGAAUGAAUGAAUGUUCAUAGAGGUACUGCACAAUAUUUUUUAUUCUUUUAAUCCCUUCUCCUCUUUUUAACAAAGUAUAUAUAAAUAUAUAUAUAUAUA